CUUGAACUUGGUGUCCACAAACCUAGUUUUGCAAGUUAGAGACUCAGUUGGAAGACUUCUGUGAAUUCAUUUGCAUUAUUCUCUUGCAGAUUUUUAUGCCUUUUCUUAGAGAAUGUCAAGUUAAAUCUAUGUCCAUAUGAAUGAAGGCUACUGUGCUUUCUUCUGUGAAUUUACUAAUCAUUCCCAGUUCUCGAAGCUGUACCAUGGAGUGAAGCGCUCGACAAAUCCCCCUCAUAUCUUUGCCACAGCUGAUGCAGCGUAUCAAGGCAUGGUGACCUUCUGCAAGGAUCAGUGCAUCAUCAUCAGUGGAGAGAGUGGUGCUGGGAAGACGGAGAGUGCCCACCUGAUUGUCCAGCACCUUACCUUCCUGGGAAAGGCUAACAAUCGGACACUCCGAGAGAAGAUCCUUCAAGUGAAUCCCUUGGUGGAGGCCUUUGGAAAUGCCUGCACAGCCAUCAACGAUAACUCCAGCCGCUUUGGGAAGUACCUGGAGAUGAAGUUCACCCCUACAGGGGCCGUUAUGGGGGCAAAGAUCUCUGAAUACCUGCUGGAGAAAUCGAGGGUCAUCAAGCAGGCUACAGGUGAAAAGAACUUCCACAUAUUUUACUAUAUCUACGCUGGCCUUUACCAUCAGGAGCAACUCAAGGAAUACAAACUCCCAGAGAAGACUCCCCCCAGGUAUAUUGACAACGAACAUGGAAAAGUGAUGCAAGACAUUGUCUCCAGAAAGCUGUACAAGGAGCAGUUUGAUGCCAUUCAGGACUGUUUCCGUAUCAUUGGAUUCACAGAGGAGGAGGUGAAUUCUGUGUUCAAGAUCCUCUCAGCCAUCUUGAACACAGGAAAUAUUGAGUUCGCUGCCAUUACAUCCCAACACCAGACUGAUAAAAGUGAAGUGCCGAACUCUGAAGCCCUAGAAAAUGCUGCUGCGCUUCUAAGCAUUGGCCCAGAAGAACUCCAGGAGGCGUUGACAUCCCACUGCGUGGUGACUCGAGGCGAGACCAUAAUUCGCAGCAACACAGUAGACAAGGCGUCUGACGUGCGAGACGCAAUGUCCAAAGCCCUCUACGGACGUCUCUUCAGCUGGAUUGUGAACCGCAUCAAUGCCUUGUUGCAACCUGACAAGAACAUCUGUGCUGUAGAGAGUGGGAUGAACGUGGGCAUCCUGGACAUCUUUGGUUUUGAGAACUUCAGGGAAAACUCAUUUGAGCAGCUGUGCAUCAACAUUGCCAAUGAACAGAUCCAGUUUUAUUUUAAUCAGCACAUCUUUGCACUUGAACAGAUUGAGUACGAGAGUGAGGGUAUCGAUGCCAGCCUAGUGCAGUAUGAGGACAACCGGUCCAUCCUGGACAUGUUCCUGCAGAAGCCCAUGGGCUUGCUGUCUCUGCUGGAUGAGGAGAGUCGCUUCCCCCAGGCCACAGACCAGACGCUUGUGGAUAAGUUUGAGGACAAUCUGCACUGCAAGUACUUCUGGAGGCCAAAGCGUGUUGAGCUUUGUUUUGGAAUUCAGCAUUAUGCAGGAAAGGUCUUGUACAACGUACAUGGUUUUCUGGAGAAGAAUCGGGACACCCUGCCAGCAGACAUUGUCGUGGUGCUGAGAACUUCAGAGAACAAGCUGCUUCAGCAGCUGUUUUCAAGUCCCUUGACCAAGACUGGUAAUCUGGCCACAUCACGAGCGAGGGUGACCGCAGCCUCAAGGUCGCUGCCAUCGCAGCUGUCCUCAGGACGUGCCAAGAUGGACACCAUGGAAAUGAUGCGACACCCUGAGGAAACCACCAACAUGCGGAGACAGACUGUGGCCUCCUACUUCCGUCACUCACUGAUGGACCUCCUUUCCAAAAUGGUUGUGGGACAGCCCCAUUUUGUGCGCUGUAUAAAGCCCAAUGAUGACAGGCAGGCACUGCGCUUCUGUAAGGAGCGGGUGAUGGUACAACUGCGCUACACUGGGAUCCUGGAGACGGUCAGCAUCCGCCAGCAAGGAUACUCCCAUCGCAUCCUUUAUGAAGACUUUGUGAACAGGUAUUAUUAUUUGGCGUUCCGUGCACACCAGAUGCCCGAUGCCAACAGAGAGAACACCAUCACCAUUCUGGAAAGGGCUAAACUAGAGAACUGGGUUCUUGGCAAGACCAAGGUCUUCCUGAAGUACUACCAUGUGGAGCAGCUGAACCUCCUGCUGCGAGAGGUGAUUGCCCGGGUAGUGCUUAUGCAGGCCUACACCAAGGGCUGGCUAGGGGCACGUCGCUACCACCGGGAGCGGGUGAGACGGUCUCUCAGUGCUACUGUCAUUCAGUCAGCCUGGAGGGGUUAUGUUGUCCGUCAGAAUCUCCAGCUAGUCAGAAAGCAGAGGGAGGAGGCUGCCAUCCGCAUACAAUCAGUUUACAGAGGGCACCGUGUUCGUAAGGGCUUCGCAGCACGGAGGGAAAGUGCUGGUCCUGCUCAGGAUCCCCAUUCAAAACCCAGUGGCAGUGACUACAAGGAUGAGGGAUGUGACAUAACCUACAAGAGUGACUCUCCUAGUGGUUAUCAGCAAAAGAGCGUGGGAAAGGUCAACCCUGGCGGUCAGCACAGGUUGGUUGAAGACAGAGGCCAGGAUAAAGGCGGAACAGAUGGCAGCGUAAAGCAUGCUGGGGAAACUGUGCAAACACAGGACACUCAUUGUACACAAGGUCAAACGCUCAAGUGUCAGCAGCGCCUCCCGCGCCGGCGGGGGCAGCAACCCAAGCUGCUCAACAGCCCCGAGGACAGCCUGUACUACAACCAGCUCAGUAGGACUCUGGAUUGCCAGGGGAGCAAGAGGAAGCCCAGAAAACUUGGCCAAAUCAAAGUGCUGGACGGAGAGGAUGAGUACUACAAAUUACUGUCAGCUGUGGAUUCCAUCCCUGAGGAAAGCAGUACCAUUGGCCCCCCUCCCACCAUGUCAAGAGGGCCAGUCGUCACUCAGAGCUGAGACUAACAGCUCCUGUCAGCCAAUUGCCUUCUUUGAACCUGCAUCCGUCGGCCGGGAUAGAUGUAUUUUACAUGAAACUGCAGCCUGAUCUCCAGCGGAAC